AUGCCUACGAUCGCCAUACCUGAGAGCGACCUUUAUGAUCUCAUGCGCACACGAUUGGUGCCUCUCGCUCAUAUGUUGAAGGUUAUGCGUCUAAGUCUGUCUGAUUGGAACACUGUUCAAAGUCGUAUGCGGCCGAUUGUGGAUGCUCACUUGAACAGAGACAUACCCUUUGCCCAACAGCCUCAGGACCGACUCUCAUUAGUGUUGACUGAGGGACUGCGUGUGUUACCGGACAUGGCAAACUACGCCGAGCUUUGGCCUUUGUCGAUGUACACUGAGCUGAACAUUUUCGAUAACAUUCGUCACAUGCAUGAGCGGCGUGAUAAACGCAAAUCGCGACGGUCAGGUCGGGGCCUUUCGUUAUCGUCUGCCUCACACUCGAGCGGUGCUGAUAUCACUUUGAUAUCAGUUGAAACUUCUCCGUCUCCCGUCUCAACAACAUCAAUGACGACGAGUAGCCAAGGAGCCAACAGCUCGUCUGGGUCCGCAAUAGACCAGAAGUUGGCCGCUUUCCUUCGGACUGAUUGUGGCGUUCCCCUCACGAAAACCGCGGACGCUCUCGCCGCACUCGGCAUAUCUGAUAUGGUGACGUUCAACGCCGCUGUUCGGAAGGAAAAUGGAGAAGCUUUUGAAGAAUUCAUUGAGAAGAACGGCGCGCAGCACGGUUUGACUCUGUGGGAGAUUUUUAGUAUGGUCAGAGGGGCGAAUAAGCUUCGCAACAGCAAGGAGUAA